CGUGCCGUACUAACCGUGCGGCCACCGUAGCGAAAAAAACAACACAUCCUAUCGACGUUGACGUAGGAACUGCCGGCGUAUGCCUUUUUCUCCAGAAUACAUAGUGACAACGAGCUAGCCAUAUAGCUGACUACGAUCCCCCACCCCAACUAGGCUCUUUUGCCGACUGAGGAAGAUGAGGCUGAAGGAGAUCCAGAGGACUGCUCACCAGGCAUGGAGCCCUGCCCUACUCCAUCCUACGUACCUGGCUACAGGUACUUCAGCCCAACAGCUGGAUGCAUCGUUUAGCACCAGUGCCGCACUGGAGAUUUUUGAAAUGGAUUUUGCUGAUCCUUCGCAGGAGAUGAAGCUAAGAGGAACACUGUCCACCACCAACAGGUUUCACAGCCUCAUCUGGGUGAAUUUCGGAAUGGGAGCAGAUGGGUCUGCUGGGAGACUCAUUGGAGGAAGUGAAAAUGGUGUUUUAACGGUUUACAGUCCAGACGAAAUAUUAGCGUCUGGAGAAGCGGCGAUAAUCGGGCAGUCUGAGAAGCACACUGGUCCUGUGCGAGCUCUAGACUUCAACCCCUUUCAGAGUAAUCUUCUGGCAUCAGGAGCAAAUGAUUCCGAGAUAUAUAUCUGGGACUUGAAUAAUUUCAGCAAUCCAAUGACACCAGGGGCAAAAUCUCAGCCUCUGGAGGACGUCAGCGUCGUUGCCUGGAACAGACAGGUCCAGCACAUCCUGGCCUCGGCAAAUCCGAGCGGAAAAGCCGUUGUCUGGGACCUGAGGAAGAACGAACCCAUCAUAAAAAUCAGUGACCAUAGCAACAGGAUGCACUGCUCCGCCAUGCUGUGGCACCCAGAGGUGGCCACACAGCUGGUCCUGGCCUCAGAAGAUGACCGCCUGCCGGUCAUCCAGAUGUGGGAUCUGCGGUUCGCCACCUCCCCUCUGAAAGUCCUGGAGAACCACACCAGGGGAAUUCUGUCCAUCUCUUGGAGCCAAGCCGACCCAGAGCUGCUCCUGAGCAGCGCUAAAGACAACCGCAUUCUGUGCUGGAACCCCGGCACCGGAGAGGUGAUAUAUGAGCUGCCCACCACCAACCAGUGGUGCUUCGACGUGCAGUGGUGCCCCAGGAACCCGGCCCUGCUCUCGGCGGCGUCGUUCGACGGGCGCAUCACCGUGUACUCGGUCAUGGGCGGGAGCCUGGAGGCGCAGCAGAAGAUGGGCGCCGAUAAGAUCUCCUCCUCUUUCGACAGCAUGGACCCCUUCGGGACAGGGCAGGUGCUCCCCCCUCUGCAAGUCCCUCAGCCUGCGGCCCAGACCACAGUGGUUGCCCCUCUGAAAAAACCCCCCAAGUGGGUGCGCAGGCCGGUGGGGGCCACUUUCGCUUUCGGAGGGAGGCUGAUCACCUUUGAGAACCCCAAGCCCCCGCAGCAGCAGCAGGGGCCGCAGCCCCUCCCCAGGCUGGUGUUCGUGAGCCAGGUCGUCACGGAAACGGAGUUCCUGCAGCGCUCGGGCGAGCUGCAGGCGGCCCUGCAGUCGGGGGCCUUCAGCGCGUACUGCCAGGGCAAGGUCCAGAACGCGCCCAGCGAAACCGACCAGGACAUCUGGAGGUUCCUCAAGGUCAACUUUGAAGAUGAUGCCCGUGUUAAGUUUCUUCGCCUCUUAGGAUUCAGUAAAGAGGAACUUGAGAAAAAGAUUGCCUCAAACUUGGGGAAGGACUUCUGUGCAAACGGACACGGAGUGGAUGCCAAUGACCUGGCUGAGAAGAUGCAGCUUCUCUCUGCUCAGCGGGAAGAUGAGUCCAGUCCUGUGGCAGACUCGGACUUCUUCAGUAACCUGCCCAAGGACAAGCCCAACUUCCAGAUCCCAGUCUCUGCAGACACCGACGGGCUGAUCAGCCAGGCCCUUCUGGUGGGUAACUUCGAGGGGGCCGUGGAGCUGUGCCUGAACGACGGGCGCUUCGCUGAAGCCAUACUCCUGUCCAUCAGCGGAGGGGCGGAGUUACUGAAGAAGACCCAGCAGAGAUACCUGGACAAGCAGAAGAGCAACAUCUCAAUGCUCAUAUCUUCGGUGGUCACCCAGAACUGGCAGGACAUCGUGCAGAGCUGCGAGCUGGACAACUGGAAGGAGGCCCUGGCGGCCCUGCUGACCUACGCCCGUCCCGAGGAGUUCGCCCCGCUGUGCGACACCCUGGGGGCCCGUUUGGAGCAGCAGGGCAAGGAGAAGCGCUGCCUGCAGGCCUGCCUGUGCUACAUCUGCUCCGGAAACAUCGAGAAGCUGGUGGAGUGCUGGGCCCAGCAGAAGGACUGCUCGUCCCCCCUGGCCUUGGAGGACCUGGUGGAGAAGGUGAUGAUUCUGCGCAAGUCCAUCGAGCGCCUGCGCAACGGGGAGGUGGCCAUGCAGAGCCCGGUGCUGGCGCACAAGCUGACCCACUACGCCAGCCUGCUGGCCGCCCAGGGGAGCCUGGCCGCCGCCAUGAGCUACCUGCCCGCCAACUCUAACCAGGAGUCGAUCCAGAUGCUGAGGGACCGGCUCUUCCACGCUCAGGGAGAGGCCAUGGAGGGCCAGCCCCCGCCGUUCCCUUACCCCAGAGUCUCCGUAGGGGGCGCUCCAGACACCCCAGCACCCGCCGCAGUGCAGCCGCCUGCGCAGAAGACGCAGAAACAGGAGCCUUACCAGCCCGUGAUGGCCACUCCCUCCCCGAUGGGAGACUCGGGGCAACCUUCCAUGCCCAGGGUCUUCACUCCACAGGCUCCUCCCACAGACCCCAUGUCCCCGCCUCCUUACUCCGGGAUGCCGCCCACCUCUCACGGGCCACGCCCACCGUACCCCCAACACCCCGCCACCGGCCCAGGAUUCCCGUCGUUCCAGCCGUUCAAUCCCGCGGCGGCGCCCCUCGGCGGUCAGGGGGGCUUCCCCCCUCGCCCCGCGAUGCCGGCGUCCAGCCUGGCGGGGCCCCCGCUGCCCCCGUCCUCCGCCCCCAGCCUUCCCAGCAUGCCCGGCUCGGGCCCACCCCCCGCCGGCUUCAUGCCCUCCGCGACCAUGCCCACCAGCCCGCCGCCGUCCGGCUCCCAGCUCGGAGCGCCCGUGCCCAUGUUCCCGGGAGGGCACCACGCCCAGGGCCCCGCCCCUCCCAUGCCCUCCGCCCCCUUCAACCCCCUGGCGCCGGCGUACCCGCAGGGAGGCCCCGGAGCGCCGGGCGUAAAGCCCUUCUCCGGCCCCGCGUUGCCCCCGCCCCCCACAGGACACUUUCCGUGGCUGCAGUCCCGUUGUGAGGAUGAAGGGAGUGCUCAGGAAGGCUGGAACGACCCCCCCGCUGUGCGCGGACGUACCAGUCAGAAAAAGCUUCCCGAUAACUACACCCCCCCGGCCCCCAUCACCGCCCCGGUCAUGGGGUACUCCGCCGAGCCGUCCCACCCCCACGAGGGCGUCCAGGCCCCGCCGGGCGCCCCCCAGGAGCCAAGCGUCCAGCUCCUCCAGCAGCUCCCCGCAGAGAAGGUGGAGCAGAGGGAGAUCCCGGCAGAGCACCUGGUCCUGAAGAGCACCUUUGACGGGCUGGUGCAGCGCUGCCAGCUGGCUGCGGGGGACCCGCAAACAAAAAGGAAACUGGAUGAUGCGUCCAAGCGCCUGGAGCACCUGUAUGACAAGCUGAGAGACCAGUCGCUGUCUCCCAGCAUCCUCGCCGGGCUCCACGAGGUCGGCCGCUGCAUCGAGAGCCGCAACUACCAGAACGCCCUGGCCGUCCACACCCAGAUCGUCAGCAGCAGCAACUUCAGCGAGAUCUCUGCCUUCAUGCCCAUCCUCAAAGUGGUCGUGACCAUCGCCAACAAGCUCAGCAUUUGACCACGGGGGGGGGGGAAAGAAACUGCUAAUUUCAGUGUUAAAAGAUCCUUAUAAGUUAUAAAUAUAUAUAUAGAUAUUUUUUUGAGCGGUUCGGAUGUGCUUUUGGUGCUUUAAAUGAUAACAUGCUGCAGAACCCUGGCUUUCAUUUAUCUUUUCCCAGGGUUGGUUUUAUCACAUGAUCACUUGCAGGCUGCUAAAGGGCUUUUUAGUUGGGCGACAGUUAUAUUGUCACAAGCGCAAUUACCGUUUAAUUUGCUUUAGCUAAAACUGCGUUUCGUGGGGAAAGGACACUAAGUAGGACGAAGAGAAAGUGGGUUGUGUAAUGUGGGGGGUUCUGAGUGCAAGCCCGUGCACUCUGGCCCUGGAGGUAAUGGAGGUGCUUUUGGCCGCACAGGGUUCUGGAGAUAAGGUCACUGCUGGGAGGGGCAGUGAGAUGUGGGCACUGAGCUGAGUGCCCAGCACUAACCUUGCUUCUGGCUUGGGAGAAAACAGGGAGUUGGUUAUUGCAACACAAACCAAAUGAGGGUGGGUGUGUGUGUGUGUGUGUGUGUGUGUGUGCGUGUGUGCGUGUGUGUCUGUGAGUGCGUGUGUGUGUGUUUGUGUGCGCACAUGCAUGCGCGCGCGUGUGUGUGCGCGCUUGUGUGUGUGUUUACUAACGGUGGAAUGUUAACUGAUUAUUUUAACCGAACAAAAUUAUUCUUUAAGAAAUUAACCAAUACAAUACUGUACCAUAAAUAUUUCUCAUCUAUUGUAAACUUACCUAAAGCAUGGUCAACAAGUGUUGCCAUCUUCCAUCAAGAAUUACACAGGAAUUUUGGUUACAGCUUUUCCUUAAAAUAAUGGUUGCCAUGAUAUUUGGUUAGAUGUUCAGUCAAUUCUUUUUGAGCAGCUAUGGGACGUAGAAAUGCAAGUUUGUUGAACAGCUAUUGUAAUAUUAAUGGCUGGUUGUGUCCUGAGUUUUUCUUUUUCUUUUUUUUCUCGGAAUUGCCGAGAACCUUUGCUUCUAAGCCUGAAUUGGCUAUUCUUACAUUGUGUGAUUUUGUUGUACCCCUAUGUCUAUUGCUGUUCCUUACUUGCACUAAAAUUACAUGUGUUAUGUUUUGUGCAGACUUGAAUAUAUUAUCAGGCAUAAGGAAAGUAAUAUUUAUUAUCGCUGGGCAACAAUUUUGGUGCAAUUUACUGAAAUCCCAAUCAUUUGAUAAUUGGCACUGAUUGAAAUGUGGUACGUUUGUCAAGUACUGUGUGUGAUAUUAUUCUGCUUACCUUUUACAAUGAAAUGCAAGGACAAAAGAUCUUUUUUGGUUGGAUGAUGUGUAACACUCCUAACACCAAAUUCAGAUACAGGUCUUCUGAACUGAGUAUAUUAAUGAUUCGUUUAACGAGAGCAGCUGUAUUUGUGACCAUUUAUUUGUCGAAUGACUGUGCGUUGUGUAGGCACUGCCUCUUCCCUUAAACAUGCUUAUUAAGUCUUUAAACACACCUUUUUAAUACAGCCAUUUUGCCUGGUUGAUAGGAAAGUACAUGUAAAUGCCAUGAUGAGGACAAAAACGAUAUAUACUGUAGUCUGUGCUUGGAUUGAUUGAACCACUGACUGAGCCAGGUGUUAUAAUGGCAGUCCAUUAUGUUUUACAGCCAGCGUGCUUUACUUUCCUACAGUUUCACUAUUUGACUUAUUUAAUCGUUACCAUUCCUGACAUUUGCACCCUGUUGUCAAGCUGGCUUCUCAAAACAAGGCUAACAUCCACUUUCAUUUUUUAAGGCACGUUAUGUUGAUCUUCAGAAUGAUGCAAGUGCUCCUUUGAACUGAACGUUUCCCGCGUUUCGUGUGCACGGUGAAGUAACUUACAGUACGUCUGCCGGGAUUUCCUGUGUGGCCAGUGAGAGCGGAGCGAGUUUCGGGUUUAGCCGCGCUCUUUAGCGUUGAUUGUGUUUUGUCGGUCAUUCGGAGUAAGGAUCGUCACCAUCAACAGAAGGCAGUGCCUCUGAUCCCUUUUCUGCACAGGUAUUUAUACAGUCAGUUUUGCCAAUGUUGUCUUUCAGUGCUGUAUGUUUUUUCAUAUAAAGCAUUGUAUUUGGAA